AUGCUUAAUUUCUCCGACUGGAUUACGCUACUCUUCAUACGGACCCACACCUCUUCCAAAAUUUUUCUGGCCAAUCACAUCUCUCAUCUGUUUCAUACUUGCCCUAGACACGUGUUGCUUUUACGCUCUUCUCUCUCUGUUCUGCUCAGCUUGCAUUAUCGCCUGAGCUCACCACUCCUUCAGAAAAGAUUGUUAAAAGCAGAGGCCAUCGAGAAACGGCAAAGAGAAAUGGAUGGUGGGGAUAGGUUGCGCAUGAUACGAUGCGCUGGAGGUACGCAAGAUAAGACUAAGACUAUAAUCAACCAAAUAAUGCUCAGAUUCAGGCCGAUUGCACCUAAACCGGCCAGAAGUGCUCCAGAUUCUGAUAUCUCUGGUUUGAACAACAAGAACCUAUUGCUUUCCAAGGGAAGAACCAGAAGAAAGUACGUUAGGGCUCGUAAGGACAACAGAUUGACCAAAAGAAACCAAAAAGUUUCAUCAUCAGAGGAAGGAAAUAAAGAAAACGAAAGAGACCGUGUAGGUUUUGACAAGGUCGUUACUCUGCAAUUGUUGCCGGAGAGAAGCGAUCAAUCAAAGACCUCGCCAGAAAGAGGAAGAUCUUGGUGCAAUGUCGAUCUCACAAAAAAGUUAUUUCAUGAUCCAGAGAACAAUAAUCAAGCGGCAUCCAUGCUGCUCAAGUUGAAGCAGCCGGUUAUCGACGGAGCAGAUCCGACGGUGGCGAUGGUUCCUGAAACUAAAAAGAAAGAGGUAGUGGAAUCGUGGGUGACAGUGGAGAGCGUGACAGACACAAACACUUGUAUGGAAGGUCGAGGGUUAGGGUGUACGGACAUUGAGAGAGUGAAGAAUCUGGAAGAGGACACGCGUCCAGGGUUUAUAUCGGACGGUUCAAACACAGUGCGAUGGGUGAAUGGGGCUUAUAAGAGGAUGGUGUCAGCGAUGGAGGAAGAACAGGAGGGGCUGUCCGUGGAAAUAAUGGUGUGGUUGGUGAAGAAAGAAAAGUUGGUUCCAUACAUGUACUCUUCUGCAUUUACGUGCUGGGUAAGAUUGCAGUACUCGUGGAAGGAGGAGAAUUGGUCGUCGCAGAUGGUGCCAUGUGAUCUGUGGCGAAUGGACUGCGGAGGCUUUGCAUGGAGACUGGACGUUCAAGCUGCUUUGGGUUUGGGCCGGUGAAAGAUUCACAAGAAGCAUCCACAUUAAACACCAACAAAUUAAAGCUAAAGCUAUCAGGUUUUCUGAAUAUUAUCCAUAGGAGACUUUUGCUCAAAUUCAAGGAGAAAGGGUUGAAAUUUGAAGUCUUCUAGAGUACAUGUAUUGGAUAAAGAUGCUUCUCAUGGCAAGAAGAUGAAGCUAAUAGGGAAUAACACCAUGAUAUUUGAGACCAUUAUGUUGGAGGUCUAAUUGGAAGUUGUGCAAAUUCCCAAGAGGGAAAUUUGAAAUCCAAAAAUAAGGGAUUCAAGACAAGGGUUGGACACUCCUGCUUGGAGACAAAAAUACAUUGCACAUUUUGUGGAAAAUUGGUAUGCUAUAUUAUUAUAAACAUUGCCUGUGUUCUAUCUCUGUACAUGAUCAUAUGCUUUGUAAUUUUUAUGUGCAGCAGCCGGCAGGACCUUCCAAUAAAAUUUUUAUUUUUGAGCA